GUUUAGAACGCUUAGCGUCUAUUGUUUUCCAGUAGCGUAGACCCUUGACAUCUCUUUGCAGAUUGCUGCUCUACUGUCUGCUUGUACAUCAUCUCACUGUUCUCCAUUGGAAUGAACAGCGGUAACAUUCUUGUUGCUGCUCAGCUCUCCACCCUCUAUCCUUCCUCUAAUGCCGUAUCCUUAGUUCUUCAAACUGAACGUCGAAACCUACCACUCCCCCCACCACACACUGACACGGAUUCGUCUCCAGAACAUGCCUCAUAUUCCUCAACAUUCUAUACUCCUCACACAGGAACAAUCCUUCUGCGUGUCAUUCACGGUGGUCUGAUAUUGGAACUUGUCUCUCUUUCCACAGAUGUCCCCCCGAUUCGAUUCGUCUUCCCCUCUGCAGUCUUGCCUGCUCCAGCAAUCUUCGCAUGGGGCGAGAAGGAGUUACAUAUACUGGCAGUAAUCUCUAGCGGCUCAUUAUUCCGUUUGGUUCUACCCACUGUCAACCCGACGCGAUUGUGGCACGAUCCAUUGCCCAAACAAUGGAGUCGAGAAUAUAUAAUCAAAAACGUGUCAGAACAGUUUUAUGGCGUGGUCCAAGUGCAAGGUUUACUAUGCGUGGCGAUUGGGUUGACAAAUGGCUCCCUUAUCCGCAUAGAAGCUGAGAAUAUCGGAGAUGACAACUUCCAUGAUCUUUGGGCGGAGCACGUUUACUCCCCAAGUUCGUUUUUGGGAACACUCACUUCAUACUUGCCUAGUCUACAAUCCUCGAGCUCUACAGGAGCAGAGAUUCUCUCGGUCGCUAGCAGGCCCCAGCCCACAGAGCUCGGCCACAUAUGGACCCUCUCACGGGAUCGUACUUUACGACUCUGGACAGCAAAGGGUGGCUGCGUUGCCUCCAAAGCUUUGUCUUUGUCAGGCAAGGCGUCUGGCGACUCAUAUGUCGUUUCCAACGGCAUCAAAUCUGAGCUUCUUGGAGCUGAGCCACGCAAUCUCCUCCGGAUAUUUGGAAACGGGGGCGACGAUGAAACUACGUACGCCGUCGCGUUUACGCCAACUCCUUCAUAUCCACAGUCUGGUGGUUAUUUUCAACUUGUUGUCAUUAAUUCCGAUCAAAUGCGCGAGGUUCAGACCGUCGAAUGUUCGGCCUCCAGCGCUCACUGUCACCUUCAAGAUUUCAUAAUCAACGACGACUUCCUAUACACAUUAUGGGAACGUCAAGGGUCCUCAAUGACGGAGAGAACGAGGUUAAAUAUAGCAGCCACUGGUGGUUCUUCUGAUGACGCAAUUUGGGAGACUGCGACCUAUGGGGAAGAGACGGACUUGACUCCUACGAAUUUAGACGAGCUCCUUCGCUCCCCCGGUUCCUUGACCGAUAAAUUCAUGGCGGCCAUCUUGAGACCAGGCGUAUUCUCUCCGCUUACUCUUCGGACUGCUGUAGAGCAGUACACAGAUGCGUGCCUCUCUGUCUCCGGACUUCAUCCACCCCCUCAACUCACAUCCUCUCACCCCACCACGGCAGAAAACAUCGCCGCGGUUGUUGGCUGCACUGUGACUUUAAUACAGGAUCCACAGACAGGGGCGCUGCAGCAUGAUCGGUAUUGGAAUGCGCUAAAAAGAGACUGGGAAGGAUUUGUUGCACGUUGCCGUGAAGUUGAGCGGAGCGCCCGCUGGCCUCUGGGAUUGGGUAAAGGGAAGAGCAGAGAUGAAGUGAUCGUGAUCGAACGAGAACGUGUGGGUGUCUAUGUGAAGGAAGACCUGCCGCUAAGCGUCCACCGGUGCCUUUCGGACUCCCUCCCAGUGGAACCUCAUUUUGUCGUCUUGGACAUACUCUGGACGCUUUGUGACAAGAUAGGGCACGAGGGUCUUCAAAACCUGGAGACCAGGAUUGUUGAUAUUCUCCAUCAAGAGAUCGCGUUUUCCAUCGUGGAUAUUAUUGAAGACCAAGCGCAGCGCUUCAACUUCAAGGCUACGCUUGACGAACCAUCGGAAGCUAGCAUUAUCGCAAGGUUGCAAGGCAUAGAAGACCUUGAUGGCGCCGUCCGGAUAAUCCUUGACCUCGUCGCAGGCUUUGAACAAGAAGUAAAGCAGGAAGAGGAUGAAGUCGAACUGUUACUCCCAAGCAGUCGAUCUGAUUGGACGACCGCGUUAUCCGCAUCAUACAUCACCACGUCGGUACAUGCCCGCUACGAUAUAUGCAUCGCACUGGUCACCCUGCUGUUCUUCCUCGCUGAUGAUCUGAAGGAAUGGGAUCCUUCGCUGGUAGAAGAAGUCUUCGCCGUAUUCAGAGGGUUGGCGAUGUUACAAUCUGUAGCACGCCAACCUGCGGCAGACACAGGCGGUGAACAAGAGUCAUCGGACGAGUUAUUGACCACCGACGAUGUAAUUGCUCGAAUGAGCAAUAUGCAUGUGUCGAGGAAUCAGGCUCGCUUUGUCCCCACUUUUUCGCUACUUCACCGCCUUGCAGGCCAGUCCGGUGAGACGACUGAACUACCAAGGGCAGCCCAUCGUUUUUUGGACGCGACCGGCAUGCUUCAGUCUACUUCCCCUGCUCGGGUGACGCAGUUUGAAGCGCUCUUCUGUGAACGCCUCCGCCUUUGGGGAUACUACGAAGUCGCCCGCGAAAUGCUUGCAUGGCUACCGCGCACACCGGGCGUAGUGUUCAUUGCUGCGUGCCUGUACAUCAAUAUUGGUCGCGCUGAAGAUGCCGCCCAGCUGAUGGAAAAAGUUGCUGGAAGCUUUGGUGAUGAUAGUGGGCUUUCCUUGGAGGAUGCGGAAACUCUAGCCUCCGUUUUGCCUGGAGCUGUGCUCUUCGAUUCUGAAUUUACUUUUUACAUCCAUGCAUCUACCAUCUUCAGGUCAAAUGGCUUGACCCAACAAGAAGUGUCCUUCAUUCGGCUUGCGUUGUCUGUUGCACCUCAGGACGUUGACGCAUCUGAACUGUGGUUCGGCCUCAUUCGAGGGUAUAUAGAUCUCGGCUUCUAUGAAGAUGCAUACUCAGCAAUUAUCGCGACCCCAUACGACAGCGUGAAAAGGGAAUGCAUUUCCCAGCUGGUUUAUCGAAUGUGUGAGGAAAACACAAUCGAGCAAUUGAUGUCCUUCAAUUUUGCCACCUUUUCGGCUGAGAUUGAAGAUGCAUUGGCGUUCAAAGCGCGCAACACGGACCCUCGAGCACGUCCAUUCUACUCCAGAAUACUCUACACGUGGUAUACGCGCAGAGGGGACCAUCGCAACGCCGCGCGGACCAUGUAUCAGCGCGCACGUAAAUUCCAAGAAAACACCGCUCAGUCAACUGACGUUAUCGCUCUGAUGGAAGAGCAGCUUGAAGCGUAUUUGCUCUCUAUCAAUUCUCUUUCUCUUUUGUCCACCAAAUAUGCUUGGGUCGUGACACAAACUCCACCGAGCGGCAUGAUUGAUGCUGAGUUUCACAAGCGACGGAAGCUUUCAAAAAAUAUUCCCGAUUCAACGUUUACUGGGGACAAACAAGAUUCAGAGAUUGUCAAUCUCAGCAACAUUAAGUACGACUACACGCUGCUUUCAGCUCGAUUGUGGUUGAUCCGAAGAGAUCCCGCACUUCUGUCUGCUGCAGACGUUCUGCUUUCGCCGGCAUCGAUCGUGCUCCGAUUGGGCCAAGCAAACCAGUUCGACAUGGCGAUGGCUACUGCUCGGAGCCUCGAUGUUGAUAUGAGUGAAUUAUUUGCGACAUUAACAAGCCAGUGUUUACGGCUAUCUCGCAACCCAGAGACUGUACUCCAAGAAGACACAUCAGAUUGGCUACUCACUGACAACGUCUCUUCGUGGCCUGGCAGCCCUGCCGACCGUGGCUGGCGGUACCUCCGUGUCGCGCUUGAGCGUCACGACAGCGCAGAGACGGACUACAAGUACAGUAAGACCGCUUUUGAGACAAUUCUGUCGUCCGAUAGGUCCUUGCCUCCUCCUCCCUGGUUGAUUCACUCACUGGAACAAAACCAUCACGAAUAUCUUGUAAGAACAAGUCUCCGCUACGACAUUAUCGAGAGCGCACUAGAGCACACCCUCUCGCUCUUGCGCAAGGCCAACACUGCGCUGUCGCGUGCACCCCAGAAAACCGCUAGUGUCACCUGGCUCCCAUAUACCCUGAUUGACCAGGUGCUAGCCGCUUCCGCCCAAAAUGACCUGACCGCACGCGGACAAAGGCUCCGCACCGAGCUACAGACGGAGGUAAACAACCGCGUCAAACGAAUGCAGAAGAUGAGCCGUUUUGCGGUUUGA